AUGGCAGCUCAAUCUCAAGUAAAUCCCGUCGCUACCGAAAAAUUAUCGCAUGACGCAUUUAUUGAUUCUCCGACAAUUAAUAAACCAAAAAUUCUCAACGAAAAAAUCGAGAAUCAAUGGACUCCCAACGUCGACACUUAUAUCAAAGAUUUACGCAUCAUUCCGGAACAUAAAUUUACCGUGACCACACUUUUCCCCCCGCUUACAUAUGUUGUGUAUUUUCAUCGUGCCAUCAGAGAUUUAGUGUUGACGGUGUUGUUCAAUUGGUCGAUGCCGUUCCUUCAUCCUUUAAACUUUUUGGUGAUGGUUACGGUAUUUCCGGCUAUCGUUAUUGUAUUGGUGGUGCUUGAAGCGGUUUUGCGUAUUUCAUAUAGUCUUGGAUUUGGAUACGUAUUGAAGGGCAUAUCGAAGAAAUGGGGUGAUGGUUUAAGCCCUGUCAAUUGGUCGAAUCCAACAAUAUUUUCGGAUGAUAAAGUAAAUAAAAUUGUAAAAGUUGGAAUAGCAAGACUCGCUCGGCCAUUGGCCCCGGCUGUAGAAACAGUAGCAGAAACCACCAACAGAGGUACCACCAACGUUAAACAAACGCGUGAAUUCAAUCUCGACAUCGCCGAAACUCUUUUACUCAUGUCAGCUAUUAUCUAUGAAAGAGACGAUCUUAAAGUUCACGAAGCUCGAAAAUUAGCCUUAGAACGGGACACGAUAAAACGUGAUGAUGCAAUUUACAAUAAAUUGCGUGAUAGCGAAAAAAGAAUUCAUGAACAAGCGGAUAUUUGGAAUCUCAAAUUUACACGCUUGUCAGAAUUAAAUUCUCUUGGCGGGCCUUUCGCCGGAAUGUUCUGGUCUGACGAGCAUAAUUUUAUUGUAGUGGUGUUCAAAGGAACUACACCGACCGAUUUUGAGGACUUUUUGGUUGAUGCGAUGAUUCAGCGUGUUGAUGCGAGGCCGUAUGUUUUUGGUGAAGUCCACGAAGGUUUCUACACGUCACUUUUCCCAGAAACCGAUCGCAUAACUCCACGUGGGCACGCUUCUAGUCCAUAUAUAACUAUUAUAAAAAAAAUUCGUGAGAAAGCUGCUAGAAUUCGAGAAAGAAAUGCUCAGCUUUCACCACCAAUUCAUGCACCCGUAAAUCUUUGGGUCACCGGCCAUUCAUUAGGAGCAGCACUCAGCACAUUAUUCUACUCUCGUUUGUUGAAUUCACCUGCUGAUCUUGGUCCAAACUGCAUUCUCAGAGACGGGUAUCUAUUUGGAACACCGGCUAUUGGUGAUGCUGAUUUCGCAGCAGAAUACGCAGCCAUUAGUAACACUCCAUUCGACCGACAAAACACAUUAUGGCGUAUUAUUGAUGAUACUGAUAUCAUUACAAAGCUUCCACUCGGAUUUGAAGACCCAUCAGUUCUUCGCUUCUCCGACAAAUUCAGUGUUUUCAAUUAUGCGCAUGUUGGUGAAGGAAUUAGAUUCUUCCAAGAUGGCAGACCACCCGUGAGUACUUGGAGCUUGUUUAAAGACUCUCGAGCUGUGGUAUGUGAUGAAACGUGGCAUAGCAGAAAAGAUGCAUUCCCAAAAUACGAGCACAAACUCGGCAGUCCGUUGAUGUGGGUAGAGAAGCUGUUGCCCACAUUCUUUAGAAAUCAUGUCCCUAUUCGAUAUUUUGAAGCGAUGGAACGGGCGCGUGUCUAUUUCGAUGACGAUGACGACGACAACGAUGACAAUGGUAAAAAGGUUAAUGUAGAAAAUUGA